AUGGAAGUGCCUGAGUAUCGGACGUGGAUGUACAACAGAAUUGGACCCGGUCGGGUGGGAAUUACUGAUGAGUUCUUGAGUGGGGUGGAGGAGUUCAUUGAUUAUGCAAGUAAAAAAAAUUCAGAAUUUGAAAAUACAGGAAAGAUAAGGUGUCCAUGUAUGAAGUGCAAAUGCAUUCGAUUUCGGAGUUUGGAUGAUAUAAGGAUGCACUUAUACAAAAAAGGUUUUCAGCCCGGAUAUUAUUAUUGGACUUCUCAUGGUGAAGAAAUGUCGAACAUACCCCAUCUAGCGGCUGUUGAUGUGCCAGAAGAUGCUGCAAAUUAUUACUGGCAAGAUGGUGAUCAAGCUAAUUUCAAUCCAUACGAGCAGAUGGUAAUGGAUGCUGCUGGACCAUCGGUUAGGGAUGAGUUAUUACAAGGAGAUAAUUACAACCAACAGUUUGUGCCGGAACCUCCUAAUCCCGAUGUGCAAGGUUUCUUUGACAUGUUGUCUGCUGCCCAAGCUCCAUUGUGGGAUGGAUGCAAGUCGCACUCAGAGUUGUCUGCUGCGAUGAGGCUUUUAAGCAUUAAAGCUGAUUACAAUAUGCCGCAGGGUUGUUUCGAUGAUGUCGUCCACCUUAUGAAAGAGACGAUGCCUACAGAUAAUAGGAUGCCUGCAAAUUUCUAUCAAACCAAGAAGUCGGUGUCUAAGCUCGGACUUGGGUAUCAACGAAUCGAUUGUUGUACAAAUGGUUGUAUGAUAUUCUAUAAAGACGACGCAAAUGAGAAGCGGUGCAAAUUUUGCGAGGCAGACCGUUACAAACCUCGGAGAACUGGACGUGGAAAUUUCAAGGAGAUUCCGAUUAAACGUAUGUGGUACCUGCCACUAAUUCCCAGGCUUCAGCGACUUUUUAGUUCAACAGUGACAGCAAAAGAGAUGAGGUGGCAUUAUGAGCAUCAAAGUGCGGCCGACAUGUUGUGUCAUCCUUCUGAUGGAGAAGCAUGGAAGCACUUUGAUCAAACAUAUCAAGAUUUUGCUUCAGAACCGCGGAACAUAAGAUUAGGUUUAUGUGCAGAUGGUUUCACUCCUUUUGGACAAUCUGGAAAGAACUACUCAUGUUGGCUAGUCAUUUUGACUCCUUAUAAUUUACCGCCUGGGAUGUGCAUGAAAAGGGAGUUUAUGUUCCUGACAGUAAUCAUUCCAGGUCCCCAAAAUCCGAAGAGCAGAAUCGAUGUUUAUCUCCAACCGUUGAUAGACGAGCUGAAACUGUUGUGGUGCGAGGGUGUAAUAACCUACGAUGUGGCCAUGAAAGAAAACUUUAUCAUGAGAGCUACGUUGAUGUGGACUGUCAAUGACUUUCCAGCCUAUGGUAUGCUGUCUGGAUGGAUGACACAGGGGAAGUUAGCAUGCCCUUGCUGCAUGGAGCGUUCAAAGGCGUUUACCUUGAAAAAUGGAAGGAAAAAUUCUUGGUUUGAUUGUCACAAACAGUUUUUACCUAUGAAGCAUCCGUUUAGACGAAACAAGGAUGCAUUUUUCAAGAAUCGAGUGGAGAAAUCAGAACCUCCUCCUUGUUUGUCUGGUGAAGAAGUGCUUGCACGAGUUUGGAACUAUCCAAAGAUUACUGAAACUGGGCCAUUAUCAUUACCGGGAUAUGGCCAAGAACAUAAUUGGACAAAGAAGAGCAUCUUCUGGGAUCUGCCUUAUUGGUGUAACAAUCUGCUACGACAUAAUCUUGAUGUCAUGCAUAUUGAGAAGAAUGUGUUUGAUAACGUUUUCAACACUUGUAUGGACGUUAAGGGGAAAUCCAAGGAUAAUGUUAAGUCCCGGAUGGAUCUUUCGAAUUAUUGUAAACGCAGAGCUUUAGAGUUGGUGGAGCAUGACAACGGUAAAUCAUUCAAACCGAAAGCACAAUUUUGUCUCAACAUGGACUAG